AUGCCUCCGUUUGCAAGGCAGCCUGCGCCCCGGGCCGGCCUGGCGCUAUGGUCGGUGCGCGGCGCUGCGGUUCUGCUCGUGCUCUUUGCGUUUGUCUUCGCGCUGUCCAGCCCGGACUAUGGCUGGGCCGCCCUCUCGUAUCAGUCGGCCCUGGUGCACCCGCCAUGCGAGGCAGCACCCGACAGCUCUGACGAAGGCGGCUUGUAUGCCACGCCGCGGCCAGGGAAGCUGCCGGCUGGCACCAUCCCCAUGCAGCACCCCAGCCGGGAGACGUUUGAGAAGGUGGAGGCCAACCCCGGCCUGCCUGAGAGCGACGAGGCUGUGGCGGGGGAGUUUGUGGCGGCGCCGUGGCUGCUGCCGCCGCGCACCAAAGCACUGCCGUAUGCUGGGGUGCAUGACCUGGAUGAGCUGCUCAGGCUGCGGGGCAGCCCCCAGGGCAAGCACGCUAAGGCCAUCCUCAUCACCCUAUUCUCUCGAGGCAUCGCCACCAUGGCACAGAACAUGAUCCUGCACGUGCACCCCUGCUCCCCGCUGGAGGCUAAGGCUGAGGUGUACCGCAGACAGGGCCUGUGGCUGGUGGACAGCGAGGAGGGCUGCGCGCCGCGGGCCGGCACGGCCAGCCAGGUGGCGGCGUGCCGGCCGCUGAGGUGGCGGGUACCGGACACGGAGGACAUGUUUUACACCUGUCCCGCAUACGGUACCGCCCUGGUGCACGAGCGACCCGCGCUGGUACUGCCAGAGGACCUGGCGGCGGAGGCGGCGGGAGGGGCAGGCGGCGUGACGGCCGCUCGGUAG